AUGUCUUCCCUCGGAAUACUUCUGCUCUUUUGUUCAGUCUUUGUCACUGUACUAAGUUCUAAUGACCUUUUGUGCAAAGAGGCACGAGACAAAGAUCAUUUAAGAGAUCAUCUUGGUGAAAUUGUCGACUUGGACAAGAUGUCUCCAAAAGAAUUAGAGUUCCAUUACUUCAAGGUACAUGACACAGAAGGCAACAACAAACUGGACGGCUGCGAGCUGGUUCAAUCCCUCCUACAUUUCCAUAUGGAAGAAAGCUCCGCACUUGGCAAGCCUGGUCAAACGACGAAAAUUUUCUCUGAUGCUGAAUUGGAAUUUAUGAUUGACCCCAUCAUGGCAAUGGAAGAUAAAAACUUAGAUGGUUACAUCGACUAUACGGAAUUUGUUGUUGGACAAAAACGUAGGAAUGAGUAUAGAUGA